AUGGAGCAAUUGAUGGUCUCAAAAGGAAAGAAUCCAGUCACAGAAUUAGCAGAAGGCGAAAAGGAAACUAAGGACAAGAGUAAUGGAAAGAAUUCUGUAGAGGCAAGUGUAGAGCAGAUUAAGGGGAAGGAAAUAAUGCAAAAUUCAAAUUCUGGGAAAACAAAUAAAGAAACAGCAUAUCAAGAAAAAUCUCAGCUGCAGUUAAAGCACUCAAAGCUAGCACAACAGUGGAGAGGGAAGAAGCAACAACAGCCUAAGCAAGUCAAUAACCCAAUAAAGGAAACAAUAGUCACUUUUGGCAAGGAAAUAUCUUCGGUAAUUACAGAAGGUGACAUGGAGAAAGAGAAAUCUUUUACAAGAUUGAAAAAGGGUGAUCAUUCGGGUAAAGACAAAAUAGUGCAGCAUGGAAAGUAUAUUCCUCCAAAGGAAAGUGUGCAACUGAUAGAUUCUGAGAAUCCUACGACAUGUGAUACACCCUCUAAAUAG